GUAGAGGGCUGUAUAGGAGACUUGACAACAUAUUUUGUAAUGAGGGAAGAAUCGGAAAAAACUAGUGACCAGUUGCAUUCUCACGACGAGGACGCAAACAGGAAUGACCAAGAUCAAGAAGACGAUGAGUCUCCAUGCAAAAGGUGGUCAAAGCGCUGUGAAAAAGUGAAGCAGCGCGAUGUUCCUGGGAUUGACGCAUCGUACUUGGCGAUGGACAACGAAACGGGAAAUGAAGUAGUCUGGAAUGAAGUACUAUUCUCCGAACGUAAAAAUUUUCGUGAUCAAGAGGAGAAGAUUAGAGCUGUUUUUGAUCAUUUGACUCGUCUUGACCAUCCAAAUCUUGUGAAAUUUCACAAAUAUUGGGUUGACACUAAAUCGAAUAAACCGAGGAUAAUUUUUAUAACUGAGUAUAUGUCUUCUGGUUCAAUGUCUCGUUUCUUACAGAGAGCUCGUUCUUCAGGCACAUUGUUAAACAUUAAAGCUUGGAAGAACUGGAACCGCCAAAUUCUCUCUGCUCUUUCUUAUCUACAUUCUUGUGAUCCACCAAUUGUGCAUGCGAAUUUGACUUGCAAUACAAUUUUUAUUCAACAGAAUGGCCUUGUCAAAAUUGGUUUUGCUCCGAAUACAAUUCAACAUCAUGUCAAGACUUUCCGGGAAAAUAUCAAAAAUAUUCAUUAUAUGGCUCCAGAAUAUGAUCAUAUGACUGAAGCAACAACUCAGGCAGACAUUUACUCGUUUGGCGUUUGCGCUUUGGAGAUGGCAACAACUGGAGCUUUGCUCAGUGGGUCGUUAAAUGGUGGCGGCGAAAAGGAAAAGCUCGCUAAUUCAGCUGAUGCUAUUACGCCGACAGUAUCUUCAUCUGCUGGCUGUGGUGGUUUUCAUCUAGACUUUAUUGAGCGUUGUCUUGAACAUGAUCCGAUUCGUCGAGCAAAUGUUGAGGAGUUGCUUAGUCGACUGGGACUUCCUGAACCUGAUAAACAAGAUGAGACCAGUCUGGAUGAGGAUGGCUUUUUAGAUGAUCAACGAAAUCAAGAUACUGCUCAUUCAUCUCUUGAACCAACUCCUGUUGUAAUUCCAGAAAGGGCAGUUUCUUCCCCACCGCAAGAACCAGCACCAAAUAUUGACAGAUAUAAAGCAAUACCACCGGCAGCAAAUACUCAUAAACAAACUGCUGCAAAUAUUGCUUCAAAUACUAAACAAGACGGGUAUAACAUUCACUUUACAACAAUUACGCCAAUAACUACGACAACAAACUCAACAGCUGUUUCUGCAGCUGAGGCCGUUGUUUUGACCACUGCUGCUACAUCGACAGUUACGACAAAUGCGUUGCUUAAUCCACAGAAUACUUCUAUACAAGAUGAGGGUUAUCACACAAAUCAAAGCAUUGGUGAAGCACCUGGACAAACUAAUGAUACUUCAAUAUCUGAAAAAUCAUCUGUUUCUCAACAUCAACAACAUCAGGAAACUCGCCUAAUUACACAAAUGCAUGCUGAAAUAUUGGAACAAGGCGGGUAUCAUUUGCGUAUUCAACUUCAGUUGGACGAUCAAAUGAAUAGACAAUUGACUGCACCACUUAAGGAAGAGGACACGGCUGAGACAUUAUCGGAAGAAUUGGUUCAGCAUGGAUUUGUUUCUGAAGUAAUGAGUAAUUCCUUGAAAGUGCGAGAACUUUUGGACUCAAUUAUCAGUGAAUAUCGAUCUAGGAAAUUGAAAAAAGCUGAGCGUUGA